GUUAUAAUAUACAAUAAAAAUAAUAUCAUGAGCGAAAAGCGAAAUUUCACAACAAGAUUUUACUCAAAUAAAAUCUUUAAUGUGCCAUUUCAUUUUCAGUCAUUUUUGUCAUGCGUUGUCUGAUAUUUUGUCAUAAUUACAAAAUAGUUUAUUGACAAAAGUCGAAGAUAGUUACGACAAACAAUAAAAGAUCACAGCUUUUGAGCUCUUUUCAAUUUCUUUCUUUCUUUCUAUUUUGUAUUAUGUAAGUACGUUAUAAAUUAUUUAUAAUUAAAAUUAUAUUCUCCACAUCUUAAUGUUCUAAAUACUCAAUUUACUAAUGCUCUAAUUCAAUUUUCUUUAUCUAAACUAUUAUUAUUAUAAAGUUACAGGUGCUGAAUAAUCAACUUGCAUGUAUUUACUAAUCAGCUAAAGAUGACGUGGGACGUUACACUAGAUUUCGAAUACGUGGUAACCAAAAAGGCCCCGCCACGGAUAGCGUUCGGCACAGGAUUGGACCGAGAGGUUCUGCCGACCAAGGGCCCUGCCAUGAGCCCCUUCAUGCGGAGGGCCCUGGGCGAGACUAGAGACAACCUGGGCCCCGGUAGCCACAACCCCGGCCGCGACGCCUUUUAUGAUCUUACGCACAGAAAAUAUAGCAAGUGGGGCCUUGGAGCUAAGACAUCGCGUUGGAAGGUAAUCCGCGAGUAUCAGCCCCCGCCGAGGAAACCUCCGAAACCAAAACCGUUGAAGAAAAACUGCGCCGCCUUCAACUCGACUUCAAAGAGGAAGGGGAUAUUCAAAGUGAACGAUUACCCAGCGGCUUGCGAUUAUGUUCCGGUGUACAAAAAAAGGGAAAUGAAAUUCGCAUAUAGCUUCACUGGCCCUAAGUUCCUUCGGUGUGCAGUGGAGAUUAAAUGCGUGCCGUACAAUUUGGACGCUUGUGGUUAUUGCGGGUGCUCUUGUUCAGCGCAAGGAGAUUACUGGCAGUUCGAAGACAGGAUUUUCCUCUGCAGAAUGCAUUAUAAUAUGUUGUUCUCGCACUGCCUGGCCAAAUUCCAGGGCGCUAAGCUGGCGGAGUUCAAGUCGGUGAGAGACUGUUUCUUCGCUCAUGCGCACAACAGUUGCAAAGCGGCUUUGAAAAUUAUGACGAUUGAAGAGAUCACAAAGAAACUUAGGAAGGAGGCUUAUUUAGACCUUUAUUUUCCACAAAGACGGUUCUGCAAUAAUUAAUGAACAUUAUUAAAAAAUAUUGUACUUACUCAACUAUUUAUCAUAAAUUAUUUUAAUGUGCUUUUAUCAUAAUUAUGUAUUGGAAUAGUAAACUUUACCGUAUUUAUAUCAUGUGACUAGCUUAUUUAAAAAUAAAAAAUAUUGGAAUUAG